UCGUCAAUGAACAGAUGGCAUAAAUAGCAUGCGUCUAAGAUCAAGGUUCCCAGAAAAUGACUGUUCAUUAUAACAACUCGAUGAAUGAAAAAUGAUUUUAAUUGCUGCGGCCAAGUUUCUUCUUCUUCUGGCUUUUUGUGAAGCUAUGACUAUGAAACAAAUAAAAAAUACAGGAAAGAUGAUGAGGAAACAGUGCCAACCCAAAAACAAUGUCGAAGAUGAAAAAAUUGAUCCCAUAAACGACGGUGUCUUCAUAGAUGAAAAAGAAGUCAAAUGUUAUAUGGCAUGCAUCAUGAAAAUGGCUAAUGCUAUAAAAAAUGGUAAAUUAAACUUCGAAGCAGCUUUAAAACAAGCUGACCUGCUCCUGCCAGAAGAGAUCAAACAACCGGCAAAAGACGCAAUCGUUGCUUGCAGGAAAGUCCCCGAUGGCUACAAGGAUAUCUGCGAUGCAGUGUUUCACGUCACCAAAUGUAUAUACAAUCAGAAUCCAGCGAUAUUUUAUUUCCCUUAGAGUUUUGAUUUGAAUGUACUCUAAUGUUCUUGAGUACGAUCUUUUUUCAUUAAAAAAAAGAAUUCAUUUUAAACUAA